AUGUUGACGUUCGGACUUAAAAAAGGGCUGUUCUGGCUUGUGGGAGGCCUUCUCGUGUCUCUGGUGCGUGCUGACACGACAUAUUCCGAAGUUGGAUGCUACAAACAAUCAGAUUUGGGGUCCGGUCUCAGCUCCAAGGGCUCAUAUACAUACCAAAGCGUUUCGUACUGUCAGAACCAAUGCAGCGGAUCAGACGUCGUGGCGCUUCUGGGAGGCGAUACGUGCUAUUGUGGGUCUUCUGCGUCCAUUUUGGCGUCGGUUUCGGCCGCUGGUUCCGGCCAAUGCAGCACAAAGUGUGUCGGAUGGCCUUACGACACAUGCGGUGGAAGUGGGUAUUUCCAAGUAUAUUUGAAAUCCGGCGUUUCAAUACCGAGCGCCAGCUCCAGUUCCGGUGGCUCCAGCUCCAGCGGGUCCAGUAGUAGUGGUGCAAGCAGUUCCACGAGUGCAGGUUCCAGCUCUUCAAGCGCACCGUCUUCGUCUUCGUUUUCGUCGUCGUCUUCUUCGCCUUCGUCUUCUUCGUCGUCAUCUUCAUCAUCUUCGUCCCAGUCGUCCAGCUCCAGCUCCAGUUCCAGCUCCAGCUCCUCGUCUACGCAAAGUUCUUCCAGCACGAGUUCCACCUCGAGUGGUAGUUCGUCCCCAAGCAGUGGGUCCAGCCAAACUUCCGGAUCCAGUUCCAGUUCUGGGUCUUCCUCGUCGUCGAACUCUCCAACGACCAUGAUAACGUCGGCUAUCACAGUGGCCACUCUUCCAAACAGUAGUCGAUCAACAAUGUAUGUGACCCAGACUACGGUAAUGAGCGCAACAGGAUCUUCGGGACAGACCAAUUCCGGUACUGUAAAAUCUAACAACAACAAGAAAAAGUCACUUUCAGGUGGUGCAAUCGCCGGCGUGGUUAUCGGUUGCAUUUGCGGUGCAUUCCUGGUGGCUGCAUUGGUCUUCUUUCUAUACUGGCGUCACCGGAAACAGCAACAAAUGGAUUUGGAGGAAACAAAACAACAUCAGCCCUACUCUUUCGGCGACAGUGGCUUGCCGGCAAUGGCUGCUGCUGCGCAGCGCAAUGCUUCUUUGCGCCGUUCGUCCUCAGAAGGUGAAAAAUCUAUGAACAAUGAUUACUCUGGUCAAACGCCCGGUUUCGACGAUAGUUUUGGCCGCGUCAGACUCAGUGACGGCUCACUACCAGAUGUUACGCAAGAGCACGGGCCUCUACGAAUAGUCAAUCCUGACGAGCUUGAUUACAGAAAUGGGAACCAUUAA